CAGCAUAAUAGGACUGACGAACAGGUCAUCUCUAACGUGCACAAUGCCAUGCAAUUACUCAGCAGGCUGGGUACGACCAGAGCUACGAAGUUGCUCGACAAAGUCAAAGAAGACGGACCAACCCCUCCCUCUUUAAUCUUUCGAAGUCACGAUGAUUUAGUAUUCCCCCUCAAAGCAGUGUCGCCGUUGCCACACUCUCAGAACACAAGCCAUAAUGACAGUUCAACGGUUGAUGGCCUAUGUGCCACAGAGGGGGGCCGAGCGUUGGGUAAUUACCUACUCUUUUGUUAUGCAGGCUGCCAAUUCCUACUUGGCUGUCUAUGCCACCGACUCGGAUGCCUGUAUAUUUCUAGAUAUUGA